GCGGAGCCGGAGGCGAGGCGUUCCCAUUGGGGUGUACGCCGGGGCUUCCCUCAUCCUCCUUCGCGUCUGGGCCCCGUUGCCGGAACCGCCCUCUGCACCGUGUCUGGCCCACUGGCGGAUCGGCCUGGUUCCCGGCCUGAAAGCGAGGCGCCGGAGCACUGGAGCCCUGCUGUUACUGGAUGCUAUGAGUUGCUAAGAAGUGAGCCUGGCUAUUUAGCUGCCUUGGGGUGCUGAGAGGGAGUCCCAGAACCAUGCCGGAUCUCCUGCUCCUGGGCCUGAUUGGGGGCCUGACUCUGCUGUUGCUGCUGACGCUGCUGGCCUUUGCUGGGUAUUCAGGACUGCUGACUGGGGUGACAGUGAGUGCUGGAUCACCCCCAAUCCAUAACAUCACUGUGGCCUACAAGUUCCAUGUGGGGGCCUAUGGUCACAUUGGACGGCUUUUCACAGAGAGCUGCAGCAUCUCUCCCAAACUCCGUUCCAUCGGUGUCUAUUAUGACAACCCCCAUACGGUGCCUCACGAGAAGUGCCGAUGUGCAGUGGGCAGCAUCCUGAGUGAGGGAGAGGAGUCACCCUCACCUGAGCUCAUCCACCUCUAUCAGAAAUUUGGCUUCAAGAUAUUCUCCUUUCCAGCACCCAGUCAUGUAGUGACAGCCACUUUCCCUUACACCACUCCCCUAUCCAUCUGGCUGGCUGCCCGCCGAGUCCAUCCUGCUUUGGAUACCUACAUCAAGGAGCGGAAGCUGUGUGCUCACCCUCGGCUGGAGAUCUACCAGCAAGACCAGAUCCAUUUCAUGUGCCCUCUGGCACGGCAAGGAGAUUUCUACGUGCCAGAGGUGAAGGAGACAGAGCGGAAAUGCCGAGGGCUUCUGGAGGCCAGUGACACCCAAGUGGACGGCACAGGUACCAAAGGAGCGGACACAAGCGAUACGAGCUCUAUAAGCCUGGAGGUGCGCCCUGGCAGUCGGGAAACUUCAGCCACCACACUUUCUCCUGGGGCAAGCAGCCGUGGCUGGGAUGAUGGCGAUAACCGCAGCGAGCACAGCUACAGUGAAUCGGGUGCCAGCGGCUCAUCUUUUGAGGAGCUGGACCUGGAGGGCGAGGGGCCCUUGGGGGAACCCCGACUGAGCCCUGAAGCCAAGCUUCUGGGGCCUACUCGGGAGCUCAGCACUCCUGAGAGGGGUGAGGAGUGACCACAAGCCCUCAGCCCUCCUGUGGUGCAUUUGAUAAGGAACUGAGCAAACUCUCCAGCCCCCUUUUCCUUAACCUGCCCAGCUUAGGCUGGGAGUACCAGGGGCCUAAGUUCUUCUACUCCAAGCCUAAACCUCUUCACUGCCCUUUGGCUCCCAGGGCUGAAGGAGCCAGAGACUGUUAUCUGCACCAGCCUCCUGGGCUGCCAACUUUUUGCGGACUCAUUGGAGCUUCCAGAACCCAGAAUAAAGUGGAAUUACUUUCUUGUUUCACCUGGA